AUGACUUCAACAAGAGAGGACCAAGAAAACGGCAUUCUCUGCCAGAAUCCCCCCGACGGACCCCCCCUUGAACCGCGCGAGGACCAAGCACUCUUACAACAACCCGCAAUCGCAGAAUGGAAACCCCCCCGAGGCUUCGUCUGGAUUCAAAUCGCCCUCAUGAACAAUGUAUUCCUCAAUGCGUUCGACGGCACCAUCAUGGCAGCAACCUACGCCGUCAUCAGCUCUGAAUUCGAUGCCACAAACAGCGCAUCGUGGCUCACCACCGCGUACUUGAUCGCCUCCACGGCCGUUCAGCCUCUAUACGGCCGCGUUUCAGACAUUUUCGGCCGGCGAGUAUGUUUCUUCGCGUCGACAAUCCUCUUUGCCGUGGGGAGUCUGGGCUGCGGACUCUCAGGCAGCAUGGUGACGCUCAUCAUGAUGCGUGCUCUGACUGGCGUUGGCGGAGGCGGUCUGCACAUCAUGGCUACCAUUGUCAAUUCCGACCUCAUUCCCUUCCGGAGACGCGGCAUAUACCAAGCCAUGCAGAAUGGUGUCUUUGGCCUUGGCGCCAUCUGUGGAGCUUCGCUCGGUGGCAACAUUGCCGACAGAAUUGGCUGGAGAUGGUGUUUUCUGCUCCAGGUGCCCGUGUCCGUCUUUGCCUUGAUCGUGGGUAGUCUUGUUGUUAGGGAUCAAUCUUCUAGCAUGCUGUUGUCUCUGGAUGAGGGAUUGCAAGUCAUGUGGAAGAGGAUUGACUUUUCCGGUGCUCUUCUCCUUGUUGUGGCUGUUUCUAUACAGUUGCUUGGUCUUGGCUUGGGAGGGAACUUGCUACCCUGGGGGAGUCCGUGGGUUAUUAGCUCUCUAGUUGGGAGUUUGGUACUCUUUGCGGUGUUUGUCGUGGUUGAAGGAAAGACUUCUGCUAUUCCAAUGAUACCGCUUCGGAUGCUGAAGGGUCGGUUGCCUGUUGCGACGCAAAUAUCCAACGCUUGUGCGGGAUGCGCCGCGUACGGAUUUCUAUUCAUGGUGCCGCUCUUCUUCCAGGUAGUUCUGCUAGAGUCAGCUUCCAAAGCCGGUGCUCGUCUGGUCAUUCCGUCGCUGGCAACGCCAAUUGGCUCUGUGAUAGCAGGAAUUGUCAUGUCCAGAUACGGCAAACUCAUAGCAAUGAUGCGCAUAGGGUCUAUUCUCAUGGCUGUGGGAAAUGCUCUUAUAUUCUCUUUACGAUUCGUCGACUCAAGUUGGAAAUAUUUUGCGUAUAUAUUCCCUGCCAACCUGGGCCAAGGCGUUGUGUAUCCGUCUAUUCUGUUCACGUCACUAGCUUCAUUUGAGCAUGAAGAUCACGCGGUUUCGACAUCCACAGUCUACUUGAUUCGCUCGCUCGGUGGCGUUUGGGGAGUAUCCAUCACUUCCGCUAUUGUGCAAACUUCGCUCAGCGUCCGUCUUCCGGAUGCUUUGGGCGGGAUACCAGAUAAAUGGAGAGUACGCCCCUUUUUUUAA